AUGUCGGAACAGAACGAGUCCGAUCUGGCAGUCUGGGAGAAGAUUGUUUAUACUCCAACUUCAUCCCCGCCGGAGAGUUUGCUGGCUAAUAUUUCCGAGCCCUGCACGACUGUGGAAAUACCCACCGACAAAUCCGAGGCUCUAGCCGGAGAUAAGAAGGCUGGAAAGGACAAGAAUGAACAUUGCAGAGAUUUAACAGCCGGUGAGCUGAAAGGCACCCAGCAAAAGGAUGGCAUUGCUAUCCGCCCCGCUAAGAAGCGUCUGCCACGAGUAAGGCUGGAGCCGACGGUGCGCGAAUGCAACUGGGAGCAGUUCAAGAAUCACUAUUCUGUCCAAGACGCGACCCAUGCCAUCGAUGUGCUCUUAGCUGGAGAUGAACUGGAUGAGCAAAUGGAACACGAACAACUCAGGCGGCUUUCAGCUAAACAAAGAAAGAGAUUUGUUGCCGACCAAGGGAGGAAGCCAUUGCAACAAUCUAAGGACCACCAAGAACGUCUGAUCAAGCGCGUGCGCAUCAACUCCCCAGCCGUCUUGUCCCUUAUUUCAAAAGUCACAGGUGAUGACCAUUGCGUUACCAAGCCGCUUACCUUUCUGAGACCUUUCAAGUCCCUGAUUCACUUCCAGGACAAGAUGGAAGAGAGGUUCGCCAGCCUGAAAGCCAGGGUCGGACAGCCUGGCGAGUUAGCAACAGGACUGACAAACGUCAAGCAUACAUCUGCCGCAAUCGAGGGAGUUAGAGCCUACGAGGAGGUCAAAGCAUACAUCGAGUUUGUCAAAGACCGCCUCCUGCCCAUCUAUCACAAGUUUGACAAACUCGACUAUACCCAUGAACCGAAGGUGCGCUUCUCUGAUUUGUGGUAUCUCUUCCGCUACGGAGAGGUUGUCCAUCAACGAGAGGACCCUGAAAUUGACAACCGCCUUUCGACCUCGCAAAAGCCAACGGGCCAACAGUUAUGGAGGGUAUAUUGGAUACAGCGAGCAGCCACAGACUGGCGAGCGGGCGACCUAAAAGAUGAAAACGGCAAGUUGUGCCGUGAGGACUUACCCGAACCAGACGAAAUCACCAUCUCAUCCUAUUACAUUGACUUCGAUGGAAAAUCAUAUGCCGGAGUAUGGCGCUACUUUGUGAUACAGCAAUUCGAGGGCGAGGUAGAUGUUACCAGUCUCCCAAUAUUUCCCAUUCGUUUCCAGCGUGGUUACGAGAACACGCUGCAAUACUGUCGCGAGCGAGGACAGCGAUUCCGCAAUCUACUGUCUCAGCAGUACGUCCCCGUCAGACACGACGGCUGGACUUUGACCCACAAACCAAGCGGCUAUCUGCUCCGCGAUAGGCUAACUGACGAAAACAAGAAAGCAAAUGAGGAUGAGGAGGAGAAGAGUCAAGAUGACGAGGACAUGAAAUGGAGAGAAGUCUCCGAGUACAUCGACAGCGACGUAAUUAUCGACUUUGAGGAAGCCUACAAAGCACACCCCUCGUGGAAGCCUCAGUAUGCGACCUGGCGCAAGUCCAAUCUUAAUACAGAUACCCAGGAAGACAAGUUCGCCAUCAUCCAAUGGUCCGGCCCAGAUCGAAGCAAGGUCGUGCAGAAGACAAACGAGAUGGUCAUUGCAGCCGAUGACGUUGGCUCCCUGGAAUGGAACAGACUGGCCGACAAAGAUGAUUUCGCCAUUGACGAAAGUGUGAGGGUCACCGAGAAGGAUCCAUCGAAGCAGACGUUCUCGCCGGAUGAUAUUGCGCUUCUCCCGGCGAGGUUGAUGGUCUACUCAUUGAGACAUGGACGUUUCGUUAAUGUUGAUAUCGCGAACAUCAAGGAGUUGCCUGCUAACGCCGAUGAUCUCGGGAAGCUUUUGAUCCCUCUCACGGAAAGUUCCGUCAUCAGUGCCAUGAUGCAGGACCAUUGCGACCAUCAAGACAUGCAGAAGAAGUCCCAAAGCACUGGAACUACCAGAACUCCGAGAGUAGCACUGAAAAUUCUUCUUCAUGGUCCUUCUGGAGUGGGCAAGACAACCACUGCUAAGGCGCUCUCAGCGGCGCAUAGCAAAGGCUUGCUAACUAUCUCCUGUGCCGAUCUGGGUACAGAUAUAGAGAUGAUUGAAGACAAGCUACUUGAUAAUAUUCGCCUGGCGAAGAAAUGGAAUUGUCUUCUCCUAAUUAAUGAGACGGAGAUUCUUCUUUCUCAUCAAGAGCAGGGCCAUAGCCUCUCUAGGAACGCGUUGAUGUCAGCUGUGUUCCGAACUGUGAACAAAUACCAGGGAAUUGCUUUCGUCGAAGCUGAGGAAGAUAGAAAUUUAAUCGAGGCUUUGGCCUCGAAGGCUGACGUCAGAGUCGCGUUCAAUACCCUCAGCCUCGAUCAGACCCUCGCUCUCUUCAAGAUGAAGAUAAAGCACUACAAGGAAAUCGCCAGGCAACGUGCAUCAGACACGGACCAGUCAGUACAAGUCUUUAGAGAAGAAGGCAUUCUGUCUUUCGCGCAACAGAGCUUUGAGAGAUUCUCUGGGCAUUGGGGGAGGGAACCUUGGUGGAAUGGACAUCAGAUUGACAAGGCUUUCCAGAUUGCUAUUUCACUAGCCUACGUGGAGCAGAAAGACGCAACAGAGCGCUAUUUAGAACGGGAGCAUUUUGAAAAAGUGAUGAGCUUUAUCCCGUAG